AUGGCGAAGCUUCUGGAAGACGUGAAGGAGGCUCGCUUGGCGCAGCUCUUUGAGUAUGACAUUUGCACUCCAAAGAUCGCAAAGGGAUUUCUCGAGAAGCUGUCCAAGAUGGAGGCUGAAGAUGCUUCCUCAGAUGAGGCUAAGGAAGUUCUCAAGUUCAAAGAUCAGCUAAAGGCCGCAGCCGAAGGAGAGGGAGGAGAUUGGACCGAAGCAGUGGACGACGGUUGCAUCCAAAUCUUCGACCAACUUCAGAGCUGGGAAGGUCAGAUCAAGGAGGGAAGGGUCCGACCUCGAGAGAUCGAGGGCCUGGUCCAGUUUGUGGAAGAAAAAUUGGGAAGCAUGCCAAAGAUGAGCAAGUUUAAGGAUGCGGUUCUUGAAAAGGCGAAGCCAAUGGUGGCAGCUGCGAAGAAAGCUGCAAAUGACAAGGAGCAAUAUGGCGUCCUGAGUGACUUGAAGUUUAGCACGGACCUAGCAGACGGGGUCAUAGCCACCUAUGGAAUGCUUGGCUUCACUUGUCCACAUUUCAUCAUUGAGGGGACUGCCACGCCCGUGGAGCAACUGGAGUCAAAGCUGAAGAAGUUUCAGGAAGGAUUGGACGUCGACCCUGACUCCGAGCUUGGGAAGCAACUGGCUGCCGGCAUUGAGAAGCUGAAAGGCCUCAUGCCACAGAUGGCAUUGAUAUGCAAGGAGAACCCACGGGAGAGCAUGCAAGAGGCAGCUGACCACAAGCAAACGAUUGCAUUGAAGGCUACGCUCAUGGCAGGGGCGGCAGUCGCAAUCAAAAGCAACAAAGAACAGCUGACCAAAAUGAUCGAGAAGUCCGAAGCAGCUCUGAAAGAAGAUGGAGAGGCCACGCUUUUUGAGGGUGAAGCCAAGCAGAAGAUUCUCACCAAGGAGCAAUACGACAAGGCCCUCGAGGUGCUAAAGGCAAAGUUGAAAGAGCUCAACGAGAAGGAGGCAACUGCGAAAACGGAGAAAGCCGAGAAGGCUGAAGCCGAAGCGAAAGAGAAGACCGAGAAGACGGAGAAGGCUGACUCGGACGCCAAGGCACGAUGUUUGUUGCGGCUGCGCGCCGGAGCUGAGGCCAUGGCAGGUAUCAAGGUGCUGACGGAGCUGGAAGGUGAGAUCCGUGGAAGGGGCGGCAGCUCAGACUCCGAGGAAGGCUGUGCCUGGCACAUUCUGCCGGGCCUCAGUCUUGAAGGUAUCGAAUUCCAGCUGAUGGCGCAACCCAGCUUCAUAGGCUACGACGCGCUUACCCUGUACGGGUCUGGAAGCAUGCAAGCUUCAACCCGAGUAGCAUCCUUCCACCGCAGCCACAGCCUACCGCAAGCCAUGGCGCUUUCAGGUACCUCAGAGGCUUUGCUUGUUUUGAGCGCUUUGAGCAAUGAGACCAAUAUUUGGAUGAAAUACGCUUGUAGGCCCUAUGGCACACAGAUCGGCGAGACCUGGUUUUCACCUGUGGGCUAUGCCUGCGUGCUCGCAGCCUUCAUAGUGCUGGGCUUCGCCAUUUCCUUGACGCCGGUCUACAUGAUUUGUUACUGCAAGGCAAGAAGACACCAGGACCUCAUCAUGCAGCAGUCGCAGAUCAUUCUAAGAUCGGAGCUUGUGCGUAUGCAGGAGCAGCAAGUUGUGGCCUGCUUGCAGGCCUUGCCCGUUGAGCGCUGGCGGGAGGAAGAUGAGGUUGGCCGGAAGCGCAGCAGCGAAGAGUGCUGCCUUUGCCUUGAAGCCUACAAGGAGGAGGACAUGUUGCGAAAGUUGCCUUGUCGACACUAUUUUCACCAGGCGUGCAUUGACAAGUGGUUCUCUGCGAAUCGCUUCAUUCCCAGAUCCUGCCCGCUUUGUAAGUGCGACCCAACUCUGGCAACGGCGGCAGCCAAUCUGGAAGCUGGAGAGGAAGCUUCUCCAGCCCCGGCAGCUGCGCCAACGAGGCAAGCUGUCACGGUUUCAGCUGGGCAGGUCAUCGGCCGCCCGCAGCAAGCUUGGCCAGCCUGA